GGUGUCUGAGCUCGAAGUCUAUGGUCGUCCGUCCUCUGCACCUCCUCUCUAGCCAUCCGCGCUCUAUGCUCCGCGGUGGCGGGCCGCCGGCCGCCAGCCAGCCAGCCAGCCAGCCGGGAGGGGUACGCAGAGGGAGGCGGGGCGGGAAGGCGAGAGGUGUCUCCUACGCUCGAGCGGCGGGAGACCCGAGCAAGUUCUGUGACAGCUGGUCGGCCGCCAUGUCAGCAAGCGGGGCUGGAAGCGGAUCCGGCGCCUGGCGGUAGCCCUCCUUUCGUCUCCGGUUCCCAGACAUUGAAGGACUUUAAUGAAACUUAAACGGUUCAACAAAAGAUGCUCUAAUGGAUGACAGUGAAACUCCUACAUAUAAUCUGCAGAUAGAACCACAAGUUGGAUGUCAUCCUGGUGAUGGCGUGGAAAGUACUGUAACAUGCUUGCCCUCUGCAUCAGAUGAAAAUGAAAAUCAACUUGAUGGUGAUGGGCAUGAGCUUCUGACCAGCAGUGACAGUGCAAUGGGUAAACCUGAAGCGUUUGAGCCGGACAGUCUCAACAAUAAUGAAAGCUGCACAUCAAGCUGUGAGGUGGCUGCAGGUGAGAACUUGGAAAACACUGCUUGUGAAGGCCCCAAAGAUGGACAGGCCUUCUUGAGAAAGGACCAAAAAAUACCUGGAAAAAGUUCAAGAAGCAAAAAAGGCACUGUUAAGAAGAUACCACAAGGACUUUCUUCAGGAGAUACCACACCCUUUAUGCAAGAAAAUAUAUUACAUGCAGCCAUACAUGCUGUUAGUGAUGAAGAGUCUGCAGAAGUAAAUGCUAAUGAUCAACUAGAAGCCCCGAAGCUGGUUCUGCAAUCUCUGUUCUCACUUAUACGGGGUGAAGUUGAGCAGUUGGAUUCAAGAGCACUUCCCCUUUGCCUUCAUCAGAUAGCAGAGUCCUAUUUCCAGGAGGAGGACUAUGAGAAAGCAAUGAAAUUCAUUCAGCUCGAACGACUGUAUCAUGAGCAAUUGCUCGCAAAUCUUUCUGCCAUUCAAGAACAGUGGGAAACAAAAUGGAAAACUGUACAACCACAUACAGUUACAUCUUUGAGGAACUCAGAAAAAGGAUUUAAUGGUGAGGAUUUUGAACGGCUUGCUAAAUUUUGCACAACACAUCAAGAUCCUCUUUUAUCCAAACAUAAGAUAGCAGCUGUACAGAAGUCCCUGGGAAGGAAAUGCUUUACGCAGUUAAUAGUAUCUGAAGAUCCAAAGGAAAGAGGAGCUACAGCCAAAGAGCCGGAGAGUGAAACUUGUCUUGGCAUGGAAUCAGGAAAAGAAAGCCAACAUAAAAGAGAGACCUGCGAGAGCAGUCCCUGCUGUAAUCAGAUGGACAGGCAGGCAGAUCCCCUGAGCCUUCCGGUAACUGCAGGGAAGGGCCACACGGAGGAGCCGCUCUGCAGCGCUGAAGCCACACUGGAGCUCCACGCCCUGCCCUUGGAGUCGGCAGGGAGCAGGUCUGGGCUACUCUCUUCAGGGCAUGCUUGUGAGGAUGACAGCCGCUUGCAGCUGACUCAGUCAGAGGCCAGCCAAGAUGUGGCUGAAAUAGAGGGCAUUGCUAAAGACCCUAAGGUUUCCAGCGAGUCAGUGAUAGAGCCAUUGAUUUUACCAGGCUCUGACCAUAUACCUCCUGCGUUGAUUUCUGAGGGUAAAUACUCACAGACGCAAAGAAAGGAACUCCAGUUGCUACUUGAGGAUGCUUCUGAGGCGUUGCCCACAGACCAACUUGAGAACAAUGAAUUAAAUGAGCUGCAGCAACCUGAUCUUACAGACAGUGAUGGAAAAUCACCACAGGGGCAGACUGACUCAGAGGGCUCUGAGAGUGUACUUUGUGAAAAUAAUCAAGUAUCUGAUUUAAGUACAGUGCUUCCAGAAGUGUAUAUGGCCCCAGAGGAACAGGGAGAUAAACACGAACAAGUCAGUAAGGAAACAGAAGACUAUUUGAACAGCCUUUUAGAAGAAUGCUUAAAAGAUACUGAAGAUUCCCUUUCAUAUGAAGAUAACCAAGAGGAAGACGCUGAUCUCCUUCAAGAUCUUUCUCCUGAAGAAGAAUCCUAUAGUCUACAGGAGAACCUGCCUUCUGAUGAAAGCUGUCUUUCUCUCGAUGAUCUUGCAAAAAGAAUAGAGAUUGCAGAGGUUGUUCAUGCUGAAGGAUUGGUCUCUAUAUUAAAGAAGAGGAAUAAUACUGUAGGAGAUCAUCCUGCCCAGAUGCAACAGAAACCAUCUAAGCGAAGAGUGAGAUUCCAAGAAAUAGACGACAGCUUAGAUCAAGAUGAAGUUGGAGGUGGUUCCUGUAUUUUACUGGUCUUGCUGUGCAUAGUGACGGUUUUCCUUAGUGUGGGAGGAACUGCAUUAUACUGCACUUUUGGUGACACGGAGUCGCCUGUUUGUACAGACUUUGCAGACAACAUGGAUUUCUAUUACACUAAGUUACUGCAGGGAAUGGCAGGACUUAAACACUGGAUCUACCUCUCCUAGCAGCAUUCAAGAGGGACAGGCAUGCUGGCCGUGAGAAUCAAAGAGUGAAACUUUCUAAAUAGCUUUUAUUUCAAGAGUUCUGUAACAUGCGCCUCCCUUCCCCAGUGAGGAACCACAAACAUCAGAAACAGCAGCUUUAACUGGCAAAACAGAGGAACUCAGAAUAAUCCACAUAAUGAUACAGAUAUUGAUCUGAGCACUGUGGAUGGAAGGAAUGGUCUUUGGAGAGCAUGUCCACCUCCUCCUCACUGUUUCCUAGUGUAAUGAGCUACAGAAUUAAACAGGGCAGUGUUGGAGCCAAACCAUUUUGGGCUACCUUGUCAGGCUAAUGGCUAAGGACACUUGUGGUUUAUAACCGUUUGUCCAAAGACAUUGCUUCCAGCCAUCACGCAAUAAGUUUGUGUGUAAUGAAAAAGAGUUACCUUACAGUUUCAAUGUCUUUUUUUAGUUCACCUUGGGAGCUAUGUAAUUUAGCCUUUGGGCACUCUCCAGGUUUCCAUUUGUGAAAUGAUUAUGUUUGUGUGUGUGUGCUUGUGUAUUUCAGACAGUUAUCAUAAGCAAAAACCCAACGUAGAAUAACAAAGAUUAUUCUUUCAACAUGACUAUAGAUGUGCAGCCACAAAACUUUCAAGAAGGCUUAACUGUGGAACAGAUGAACGGUACAAAUCUUGGCCCUGAAUUAAGAAACUGUGACAGAUCUGUGACAGUUAACUUCAUUAACUAGCCAGAAAUUAAUCACAGGCCUAGAGGUAAAAUUAAAGAGCUCCCUCUGAGUGUCAGGCAACCAGUUUCAUCGUGGAUUCAGUGCUUCCUGAUAUAAUAAAUGCUGGAUUCAUCUCGAUUCAAUAAAUACUUACUGAGCACCUAUUAUGUUCUGAGAAUCUAAGAACCCUUCUAUAAAGAUAAAUAAGGUAUUAGUUCCUGCUCUAGAUGUUUUAAUUCUGGCCUUAUGUAAAAUAAACUAAUACUUUGGCAAAUGAAAUUAAAUCAUCACAUAUAAUUCAGUAUUAACAGAUCAUACAUUCAGAUGCUUGAAUGUGCGUUCAUAUCAUGGGCUUGAUUUAGACCUAAUGUGAGGUCAUUAGGCGAAAAUUCAAUCAUAUCUUAAAUAGGCAAAUGUCUGAUUUUUAUUUAAAUCUGUCAAUUUCCUUUUCUAAGGUGCAGUGGUCUAACAAUUAGGAAGCCUUGCUUUGGCUUUUUAUAUCAUUAGCAGCAUUCUAAAAGAAACAAAACACAUGAACUAUAGUUUUCUGGAAAUGACUAUUAUUUCAUGUUUUUCUGUGAGGAUCAUUUGAAAGAAAAAGAGAGUUUUCUUUCUAGUUGUUACUGGCUGGUACAGUACCUCCCUUUGUGUUUCUGCUUAUUUAUUUAGACUUAUGAUUUUUAAAGGGCUUUUUAUAGAAGUUGAAAUUGUGUCAUUUAGCAUGCAUCUGGUUAUCCCAAUGCUAGAUAUUUAAUUACUGUAUACUUAGUGUUUUGAUUUUCUAUAAUUUCAGCUCAAUGUGGUUUUAGGCUUGUUUAUUUUUAAAUUGAUGUUUUAUUUUUACUUAUAAUACGGUUUGACUUGUCUGUAUCAUGUCACCAUAAACUAUAAUAUUUUCAAGGAUUAUAGAUCAAAGAUAUUUAUUUAGAAGUGUACAAGAUACUGAAAUCUAGAUUCCUUAUACUUAAGGCUGAUUUUAUUAGAAGAUUAUUUUAAUGUUCUAUUAUAAAUUUUAAGAAUUUGUAUUCAAAUUGUAUGUAAAUAUGUAAAAUGUUGAUGGUACUAUAUUAUGUGGUUCUGUAAAAGACAUUCACAAAGUCUACUGUGAGGGGCAUCCCCAUCAGAGACAAACCUCUUCUGUUUUACCCUCAUGAUUUCUAGUUACAGAAAUUUGGUGAUGCUGAUUUCUGCCGGUUUUAUGUGAAGAUAAGUCAAAGUUUCCCUCCUGUUCACCUUUUUAGGUCACUGUUGAAGUCCUAAAAACUCUGUAUGUCAUAUUUUCCUAUUGGCCACCAGGACCAUGACUUCUGAAACUGAAGGUUUCCUGGGAACCUUCACACUGAGGUGAAAGAACUGAGAUAAUACUUUGGUACUCUGUGGAGUCCAGUUGAGUCUCAGAAGAACCACGUGUGUCCUCACUACUUCCCAGGGAGGGUGAGGUGAGCUCAGGAGCAUAUUGAUGUCUUGAUUUAAAAUAGGCAUGAAAUCUCAACUAGAAAAAUUAGGACAACUUUUAAAAAUGUAAUUGUCAUUUAUUGCAUGAAUUGGAGUAAUUCUAUCUGGUGAUGAGAGAAAUUGUUAUCUCUCGCAUAAAAAAACAUCCAGUUUUACUAUAAUGUAAUUUUUUCUGUCAUUUGAAAGCACUGACAACUAUUUGUAACUAAUCUUCCUUAAGAACUGUAUUUGAGGGUAACAGAUCAAGCUUGUAAUUUAAAAUCUAUACCCAAAACAUGUCUCAGAGAGUUUAUUUGAACCCCUUGGGUACUGAGAAAAACCGCUUUAAAGUGAAAGUAAAAUAAUUUCAGAAGUUGGUCUGGCACCACGAGUAGAUUACUUUGGGUAGUCUAAUAGCUCCCUACGUAAACGCUCCUAUGCUUCUAAAACACUUUCCCAGCAACCGAAAUUCACUCUAAAAAUUCAUUCCUUUAGAUUUAAAAAUCAAGUCCCUCUGGGAGGUUUACUAUAUUGAGCUGUGAAUUAUGCUAAGAGGAUUUAAAAUUUGAAGGUAGGCCUUAUUUUGAAAGGACAGAUGUGAAUUGGAUCUUGCUGGAAUGGCAGGGUGGAGGAAAGGGUAGGAAUUUAGAAGUAAAAGAGGGAAGGUGGGGAAAGGACAAGAAAUCUUUUACCUAUUACCUGUUUUGCUGAAGUUGACUUUGUGACGUUUAAUCCCAAUCCAGAGAGAGACUGAAUAUUUGUGUUCCCACUAACGUGACCUGUAUAACUCUGUUCAUUUCUAUGGGCUCAGUUAAUAUUAACCCACCCUUGUAUACUUAAUUAUGAAGUGUAUAUAGUGUUUUCACAUUUAUUCAUUUGAUGCUUACUUAGAUCAGUAAACACACAUCCCUUAAAUCAGGUCUUGUGACUCCCGAAGCCAUUAUACUUUCUCUUCUAUCAUGUUGCCUCCAUCCUCAAAAAGAAUAAGAGUGAUCUAGGGUUUAUGGCACAAGUUCUAGUGCCAUCUGCUAUUUUAAUAACCUCAAAGAUAAACAUUUGGUGAGCCUCAUGUACUAAGGAAUUUUCUUUAAGGAAUUCUGGUAGCUUUUAAAUCUCUCUUGGUGUAGGCUACUGAGCAUCUCUUCUUCCUGGUCCUGAGAAGAGUAAGUCCUGAAAUCAACCUCUUGUCUCUUGCCCCGAGAACAGUGCAGAACCAUGAGCAACAGUGUUUAUUACUCUCUGUACCUUGGCAAACAUUGGAAUGUCUGCAGUGUGCCAAGCACUGAGCUGGGUACCGGGGCUCUCGAAACAAGAAAUGGUACCAGCUUAAAGAAGUUAGUGUCUGGUAAGGUAAAUAUAUUUGUGAAAGGGGAAAAAAAAAAUGAAGAAAUAUAGGAUACUACUACUCAUGGGGAUAGAAACUUGAGCUCAUUCCUCCCUACCAUGUGUCAUGCUUUUUUAGGAGGAAAAGUAAAAUUCUCUCUAGGCCACCUGCAUAGCAACUUGAUAGACAGGAAUCUUUUCUCCCAGCCAAAAUUCUAUUGAGUAUUACUUUUUGCCUCUAGUUAGCAUUUGUGGCAUUAAUAGCGGGUAGGCUUUCCAGGAGUAGAAAACUGCUUGGCUAGAGCCUUCUUCAAAAUUGAAAGACUGAAUAGCACUAAAUAGCACAAUUGAAAACUUUCUCACAGAACUGCAGGUCCAGAUGCUUCUCCAGUAAAUUCUAGCAAUCAUUUCAGUAAGAUAUAAUACCCAUCCAACAAAACACUCUUCAAAAAGGAGAAAAUACUCGCUAAUUCAUUUUAUGAAAACAAUACUGAUCCAUAGACCUGACAACAAUCCCUACCAGAAUUGCAGCAGUUUUUACAAGUUGACAGGCUGGUUUUAAAAUGUUUGGAGAUGCAUGUGCCCUAGAAGACAGUCAGUGAACUUGUUAGAACAAAACUGGAGGACUUGUACUUCCAGAUUUCAGAACCAAAUGCUGCAAUAAUCAAACCAUGGUAUGACAGAAGGAAAUCCACGUGUAUGUGUUCAAUGAUCUACAAAGGUGCCAAGGCAAUUCAAAGGGGGAAAGGAAGUCUUCAACAAAUAAUUGCUGGAGCAACUGUAUAUCCCACUGGGGAAUAUAAUUAACGUAGACUUUUGCCUCACACAACACAAAACUUAACUUGAAAUAAAUGGACCUAAGCUAUACAACUUCUAAAACAAAACAGGAGAAAAUCCUUGCAACCUUUGAGUAAGCAAAGAUUUCUUAGAACACAAAAUACACAAACCAUAAAAAAAAAAAAGAAAGGAUUAGCUGGACUUUUAAAGCACAUGCUCUUUGAACAUGGUUAGGAAAAUGAAAAAGCAAGCUGAAGAUUGGGGGAAAAUUCACAAUACGUUUAUCUAGUAAAGGCCUUGUAUUCAAAAUAUGAAAAGAUUUCAUGCAACUGAAUAUGACAACCAUUUAAAAACUUUGAACACCCCUUUCAAAAAAAAAUAUAUAUAUAUAUAUACAAAUGGCUAAUGAGCACAUGAAAAGACGCUGAAUAUCAUUAGUCAUCAAGAUGCAAAUUAGAACUGAGAUACCACCACACACCAGGUAGAAUAAAGUUUAAAAGACUGUCACAACCCCAAGAAUGAAAGGGUGGUUCAGCCUACGAAAGUCAACGUAAUACCGCACAUUAAUAGAAUAAGGGGGAGAAAACUGUAUGAUUGUUCCAACUGCUGCAGAAAAAAAUUUGACAAAAUCCAACAUUCUUUAAUGAUAAAAAAAAUCUCAGUAAACUAGAGGGGAACUUCCUCAACACAAUAAAGGGCAUUGGUGAAAAACCCACAGCUAAUAAUAUAUAUCUCCCAAAGAAUACACAAGAAAGAUGCCAGAGCUAAUAAAUAAAAUCAGCAAAGUUGCAGCAUUACAAGAUCAACCCAUGAAAAUCAGUUGUUUCUCUAUACCAGCAAUUAAUUAACAUUACAGAAAGGAAAUUAAGACAGCAAUUUCAUUUGCAACAGAAUCUGAUAGAAUAAAAUACCUAGGAAUAAACUUAACCAAGGAGGAGAAGACUUGUACACUGAAAACUACAAAUCAUUGAUUAAAAAAUUAAAGAAUAAAUAAAUGGAAAGGUAUCUUGUGUUUAUGGAUGGGGAGACAAUAUUGUUAAGAUGUCAAUAAUACCUAAAGUGAUCUACAGAUUUAAUGCAAUCCCUAUCAAAAUUCUAAGAGCCUUUUUUGCAAAAAUGGAAAAGCCAAUUAUCAAAUUUAUAUGGCAUUGCAGGGGGACCCAAAUAGCCAAACAAAUCAUGAAAAGAGAAAGACAAAAUUGGAGGACUCACAUUUCCCAAUUUCAAAACUUACUACAAAGCUUCAGUAAUCAAAACAGUGUGAUGCUGGUAUAAGGAUAGACCUACAGACCAAUGGAAUAGAAAUGAGAAUCCAGAAAUAAGCCCACACCUCUUUGGCCAGUUUAUUUUCAAUGAGGGUGUCAGGUCCAUUCAAUGAGGAAGAAUUCUCUGUUCAACAAAUAGUUCCAGGACAACUGGAUUUCCACAUGCAAAAGAAUGAAUUUGGACCCCUGCCUCACACCAUAUACAAAGAUUAAUGCAAAAUGGAUUGAUGAUCUAAAUAUGAGGUAAAUCCACAAAAUUCUUAUAAGGGGUGCAUACAACAUUUGGGUACAUCUUCAUGACUAUGGAUUUAGCAAUGGAUUCUUAGAUAUGACAACAAAGGCACACAACAAAAGAAAAAACAUAGGACGAAACAUUUUUUUAGGACUUCCUAAAAAAAUUUUUUAAUUUGUGCAUCAAAGGAAAUUAUCAAGAGAAUGAAAAGACAACCCACAGAAAGGGAGAACAUUUUUUGCAAGUCAGAUAUCUGGUAAGGGUUUAAUAUCCAGAAUAUGUAAAGAUCACCUACAAUUCAACAAAAAGACAACCCAAUUUUAAAAUGGGCAAGAGUCUUGAAUACACAUUUUUCCAAAGAAGAUACACAAAUGACCAAUAAAUACAUGAAAAAAUGCUCAACAUCACUGAUCAUCAGGGAAAUGAAAAUCAAAACCACAAUAAGAUAAAUGAUACAUACUACAACAUGGGUGAACACGGAAAACAUGUUCUGUGAAAUAGCCAGUCUCAAAAAAACAAAUAGUGGGGCUUCCCUGGUGGUGCAGUGGUUGACAAUCUGCCUGCUAAUGCAGGGGACACGGGUUCAAGCCCUGGUCUGGGAGGAUCCCACAUGCCGUGGAGCAACUAGGCCCGUGAGCCACAACUACUGAGCCUGCGUGUCUGGAGCCUGUGCUCCACAACAAGAGAGGCCGCCAUAGUGAGAGGCCCGCGCACCGUGAUGAAGACUGGCCCCCGCUUGCCACAACUAGAGAAAGCCCUCGCACAGAAAUGAAGACGCAACACAGCAAAAAUAAAUUAAUUAAUUAAUAAACUCCUACCCCCAACAUCUAAAAAAAUUAAAAAUUAAAAAAAAUAAAUAAAAGAACAAAUAGUGUGAUUUGACUUGAAUGAAAUAUCUAUAAUUGGCAAAUUCAAAGAGACAGGAAAUAGAACAAUGGUUACCAGGGGCUAAGGAAAGGGGGAAAGGGAAGUUAUAGCUUAACUGUUACUGUUUCUGUUUGGGGGCUGAAAAAAUUUUGUAAAUAGAUAGUGGUGGCAAUGGUUGCACAACACUGUAAAUGUACUUAAUGCCACUGAAUUUUACACUUAAAAAUAGUUAAAAUGGCAAAUUUUAUGUUAAACAUAUUUUACCACACAUGCAUGUGCACACACACAAAAAGACACCACCAAGUGUCUUUGUUGGUGAGGAUGUGGACCAACCAAAUUCUCACACACAACUAGUGGGAAUAUGAAGUGGUACCAACUGCUUUAGAAAACAGUUUUGCAGUUUCUUAUAAAGUUAAGUACACAUCUCUCCAUGACCCAGCAAUUCCACACCUAGGUUCUUACCUAAGAGAGAUAAAAAUGUGUCCACACAAAAACUUUACACAAAUGUUCAUAGCAGCUCUAUCCAUAAUAGCCAAAAAAUGGAAACACCCCAAGGUUCAUCACUAAUAGAAUACUACUCAGCAAUAAAAAAGAACAAACUAUGGAUACACAAACAUGGAUGAAUCUCAAAAUAACUGAGUGAAAAGAAGCCAGGAACAAAAGAGUACAUAUUGUAUGUUUCCAUUUAUAUAGAAUUUUAGAAAAUACAAACUAAUCCAUAGUGACAGAAAUAGAUCAGUGUUUCCUUGAGGGGCAAAGGAUGGUAGAAGGAUGGAUCAUAAAGGUCACGGGGCAACUUCUGAAAUUGAUAGAAAUGUUAUGUAUCUUGAUUGUGGUCAUAAUUUCAUGGGUUUAUACAUCUUUCAAAAUGCAGUGUACACUUUACAUAGAUGCAGUUAUGUACAUAAAUUAUAUCUCAAUAAAAUUGUUAUUAAAAAAAGUUCAGGGCUUCCCUGGUGGCGCAGUGGUUAAGAAUCCGCCUGCCGAUGCGGGGCACACGGGUUCGAGCCCUGGUCCGGGAAGAUCCCACAUGCCGCGGAGCAACAAAGCCCGUGCGCCACGACUACUGAGGCUGCGCUCUAGAGCCCACGAGCCACAACUACUGAGCCCGUGUGCCACAACUACUGAAGCCCGCGCGCCUAGAGCCUGUGCUCCGCAGCGAAGCUACCGCAAUGAGAAGCCUGCAUGCUACAAAGAAAAGUAGCCCCCGCUGGCCACAACUAGAGAAAGCCCGCACGCAACAACAAAGACCCAACACAGCCAAAAAUAAAUAAGAAAAUAAAAAUAACUUAAAAAAAAAAAGUUCAGUUUGUAGCUACAUGGCAUAUCAAGGUAUCAUGAGGGGCAAGAAUACUUUAUUCCCUUUCACUGUUGUUGCUUAAUUGGGCUAAACAAAAAUGUUUGGUGACUUCCAAGUACUACCCCUCAUUUGUACAAGACCUAACUACUCAACCAGCUCCUUAUAAAGUGUCACCUUAUAAAGUGUUGCAGUGAGGUCGCUAGUUCAAAAUGCCUUGAUUUCAGUCCAAUGUUAAAUCACGUUGAGAUGGUGAUUUAAAUCUAUGCUCUUUUUCUACUUGAUGCAGCAGUCCAAAUUUCAAACCCAAUCUAAUUAUAGAUAUUCUGUAAGGACACCCUGAUCUCCUCUGGCCGGAAUGCAGUGAUCAGAAGUGAGGUUUUAUGAUUUUAUUGCUUUUCUUAAUGCCUUGGAUCAAGGGUCAGGUAGGAGACAUGCACUUAGGGAGCAUAGAAGGUUCACAUCAUUCAUCAGAAUGACGACAGCCCAUAAAUGGCUGGUUCUUAUUUUCUGACUACAAGAUUGGGGGUUGACAAACUAAACAAAGAAGAAAAUAAUCCUUGCCUAAGCUUCUGGCCUGGACAGGAACUUGGUCCAAAAGUGACUGUAAAUAGAGGCAGUCUUUUUUUUUUUUUUCAUUUCAUUUUUUCUUGAUUGGAAAAACUAAAUUAUUAAGAUAGGAAUAGUAGUAGUUUGGCCAUCGCUGGAGGGGAGACUAGGAUAUAAGAUAGUUUGGUGGUAACUAAAAGGCAAAGAAGGGAGGCAGUCCCCAGAGUUGGAAUCUGGAUGAUGAAUGAGAUCACAUCAACUAGCUGUUUAGCCUCCUUUCUGUACUUCAGUUUCCCCUUCUACACACACACACACACACACACACACACACACACACACACACACACACAGAGAGAGAUAUGGCUGCGCUGUGGCACACGGGCUUACUUGUUCCGCGGCAUGUGGGAUCUUCGCGGACCAGGGAUCCAACCCGUGUCCCUGCACUGGCAGGUGGAUUCUUAACCACUGCGCCACCAGGGAAGUACCCACUUCUAUACAUUUUUAACGUAACUUCAAACUUUAAAAUCCUCUGAUUCUCUGAAUAACCCAAAGCUUUCCACUUUCCAUCACUGAGAAAGGACAACUUGGAUGUCUGUAUUUGCUGGAUAAAUGCAAUAGUUGCAUUAGGGUGGAUAGGGGUCCUUUGAAGCUGUGCAUGGGAGGAAGACGUGGAGUAUACUAAUCGAUUCAUAGACUUUGAAGUACCCACUGUGCCCAAAGCCCCUUCGGAGGAAGAGACUGGGGCAGGUGGUUCCUUCUCAACAAGGUGCUAAGCUAUGUGUUACAUCAUCCUGAAACUCUGGCCACGGUUGUUUAGAUCUGGGGCUUGGUGCCCUAGCCUGAUGCAUUUCUUGAAGCCUGAACAUGAGGAAGGAUAGUGAUCUGGACAAAUGUCUAGUCUCCAAAACAACAUAGAAUCGGGAGUUUCAGUAAAUAGUAUCUGCCUCAGCAGGUCCUCUCUCAGCUCUUUUGAAUUUGGGGUCCAGAGUUUGCAUCCAGCCCUGGCAAAUAGGAAGGAGGAGAAGUCGAGCAGACAUCAGGGAGACCGCAUAGCCUGGAGUCCCACAAACAACAGAGCCUGUAGAGCAGAGACCUGGGACGUCCGUCUGGCUCUUGAGAGUCACCAAGACCCAUCGCCCAAACAACACUCCGUUUCCAGAAGGCUUGGCGCUUAGAAAACAUUCUUUAUUAUAAGUGCUCCUUAUACUUGGUGACCUGGGAAAAGGUCUCUUCCCUGCAAAUGAAGAGAAACAAGCUAUGCAACAGACGCCUGGCUGUUUAAAACCAUAUUCUUUUAGAGUUAUUAGUCAGUGUAGGCACUGUUGUGUCAGAAAUGAAGCUGGGAUCCAAGGAGUUAGAGUGACUUCCUUAAGGUCAAGAUCAAGAGAGUUACAAAAGAUUCUCCACCUGUGAACAUGAAGUUGGAAGUAUCUAUAGAGCAUUUCUCCUGCAGUUGCCACUGGAUCCUCCUCCUACUGUUUUUUUUUUAACCUACAACUUUGUACCUUAGAUCACUGUCACUCUGGGUCUUACAUGUGGAAAAGACAGCAGAGGCAGUUACUCCAUACUGCAGGCCACAGGCAUGGAGCAGUUGGUGUGCGGCCAUCCCGUGCUUGUGUAAGGGACUCUGGGGGAUCCCAGGGACAAGGCAGACCACCUAUACAUAGCCUAGGGAUGCCAGAUAAAAUACAGGAUGCCGGUUAUUGCGCGAGACAAACUUAUACUACAAAAUUUUGUUGUUUACCUGAAAUUCAGAUUUAACUGGGCAUCCUAUAUUUUUGUUUGCUAAAUCUGGAAGCCCUACCAGUGUCACAGCAUAGUACAGACCCUGAGGCCGAGAGGGCGCAGCUCAUCAGCGUGAGAGAAUCAGAGGGGAUUAGACACGAGGAGCUCCGGGGAGCAGCCUCCAGUCCCCCCUUUCUGGAUUCCCUAGGCAUCUGCAAUGUCUUGGUGUAAAACAGAAGACAGACCAUCAGCACAGCUAUGAGAUCCAUGUGUCUACAAAGGGACAGAAUGCGGCCAGAAUUUGUUGGCAUUUAUGUCUGUAGAAUUUAAAGUGUUUUCAAUCCAAGACAAAAAUGAGAAUUUAAUCAGAGCUUAGAAUGUAAUUUUAAAAACUGAUUUAGUACCUUACCUGAAGUGAAAAACCUUCCAAAUGUGGUUCUGUGUGAUGGUUGUCUUAUGGUGCCCAUGUCAGUCAACCAUCCAAACUCACAGAAUUGUGUUUUACUCCUGGUUUUCAGAUGUCACCAGCUAAUAACACAAAUAUAAGAUAUGGGCUCUACUACUCAUUUUGUUUUAGCUCCCAGGUCAUCUUGUUUUUAUUCACCCCUUGUUCCAGAUAUCUGAUUGCUGGCUGUUUCUAGCUGAAACUGAAUUAUUCAUUUCCUCCUCUCAUGAAAAAAGACGGCUUUUCUGUUCGGUGUAUUCAUAGGCUUAGCUUUCGAUUGCCACUGCUUUUCACCAACAACUUUUCGCUCCUCUGCCUUUUUGUUUUCAAUCAGUGAAAACAGCAUCUUAUGAUGAGAGCUUUGGUCUUCUCUGUCUGAUCUUCUCUUCAGGACAGCAAACUCCAUUUUCUGUUUAAAAUGAUUACUCAUAAAUAGAAGUUCAUUAGCAUUAGCUGUGGCCAAAAUCCAUCUGGUCGCUUCUCUUCUGCACAGAGUGAUGAAUUGGCAAAAGGACAGCAAGGGGAGGGUGCAGGGGCAGGCGAGGCUGGUCCCCGCGGAGCCACAGCCUGUGGACAGAUGCCAGGCUCCUUGUGCGGGGUGAGCGUCUCUGUGUCUCACCCUCCCCAGAGCUCCCUGGCCACUGCAGACCUAAUAUAGGACACAGUAAAUGCCAUGUUUGCCUACACGUCUGCAAAGCAGCCUGGAUUUGUCAGAGGAAAAAGUAAGAAUAGAGGGGAAGGGCUUCCUUGGUGGCGCAGUGGUUAAGAAUCCGCCUGCCGGGCUUCCCUGGUGGCGCAGUGGUUGAGAGUCCGCCUGCCGAUGCAGGGGACGCGGGUUCGUGCCCCGGUCCAGGAAGAUCCCACAUGCCGCGGAGCAGCUAGGCCUGUGAGCCAUGGCCGCUGAGCCUGCGCAUCCGGAGCCUGUGCUCCGCAACGGGAGAGGCCACAACAGUGAGAGGCCCACGUACCGCAAAAAAAAAAAAAAAAAAAGAAAAAGAAAAAAAAAAAAAGAAUCCGCCUGCCAAUGCAGGAGACACGGGUUCGAGCCCUGGUCCGGGAAAAUCCCACAUGCCGCGGAGCAACUAAGCCCAUGCACCACAACUCCUAAGCCUGCGCUCUAGAGCCCUCGAGCCACAACUACUGAAGCCCACACACCUAGAGCCCGUGCUCCGCAGCAAGAGAAGCCACUGCAAUGGGAAGCCCACGCACCACAAUGAAGAGUAGACCCUGCUCGCUGCAGCUGGAGAAAGCCCGCACACAGCAACGAAGACCCAAUGCAGCCAAAAAUAAAUAAAUUAAAUAAAUAAAUUAAAAACAAACAGCACCAGCUUAAAGAAAAAAAAAGAGUAGAGGGGAAAACAAUGAAAGAUAACAGAAUUUUAGAAAUCAUGCAUUUUGAGUGUGUGUAUAUAUGUUUUUUUCCCCCAUCUGGUUAGUUACUAUUCAGUCUAGCAAGGCAUAAGCACUUAAGCGAUCAAUCAUUUAAAUAAUAAUACAUUUAUAUGGAUAACAUUGAAAUGGUAAAAGAAAAAAAAUCCCAAAUGCAGGCCUGAAAGAGGACAGUCUGGGAAGAGAUGAGAGGUACCUGUCUGCAAAAGCCUUCGUACAGAAGGUGCUCACACAGCCAACAGACCUUUUUCCAGAACCUGCGUUUCCCUUCCCCAAAGGCCCAGAGGCAGUGCUCCUGGGGAACCUUCCACAGCAACCUUUCUGUGACCUCACAUACUGAGCGUUGUCUUAGCUACAAGGUGGAAAACACAG